AUGAGAUCAUUUUUUAUUGGAUUAUUUUUUUUACUUAUUGUUUCAUAUUGGGCUCAUAUUUUUCUUACACGUGAAAUUCAUACAAAUGAAUUAGCUACUGUUAUUAUUGACAAUAGUCCUAUUGAUAAUGGUAUAUGUGAAUGUCGAUGUUGUCUAUUAAGUGGUACAAUGUGUGAAACUAUAAUACGAUAUAGUAUAUCAUUUAAAAAAAAUUUUUCUUGUGAUUUAUGUACAAAUGAAUAUUGUACUAUGAAUAUUAAUGAAACUGAACAAUGUGAAUGGAUGCAUACAAUGAAAGCUAAUUGUUAUCAAUAUGAAUCUCGUCAGAAAUCUUUAUCAUCAUUUGUCAAUCUGCUUUCUUUUUUAUUCGUAUAUAAGGCGCAUAUAUUCAAAUCUAUCAAAAUGAUGAUGGAAACUGUUUGUGAUCCGUAUGAUAUUCUAUUUGGUGACCCAAAGUCACCAACAUCAAAUGGUUUACUUUUUACUAAUGAAGUUACGCUUAGUGAUUUUAAUAACGAUCCAUUAUCGAUAAGUCCAAUAUUGAAUACAAUAGAUAAUGCAGAAUAUUCAGAAGAUCAAUUUGAUCCUGUUGCUUUUGACGCAUUUUUAAAUGAUUUUUUAUCAUCCGAACCAUCAUUGUUUAUAGAACAAUCGAUUGAUCUUCCAUUAACAUCAUUUGAAUCUGAACCAACGACACGUGAAAUUGGUACUGACCCCAUGGAACCAGUACCAACAACACGACCUAUUACUAUAACAACAACUAAUAUAAAUCAAUUAACUAAAACACCUAUUAUUCUUAUUCAAACAUCGAAUAAAACUGCAAAUGGUAAUUCAUUACGAAUAGAAUCUGUACCAUGGACAACAACGGUACCAACGGAAAUAUAUAAUUUACAAUUCGAUCCUUCAUCAUCAACAAUAAAUGAUUAUCCAAUGGAAGAUAUUCUACCAUUAACACCAUCAACUUCAAGUGAAUCACCUGAUGAAACAAGUUCAAAUUCACCAGAUAGUUCAGAUAAUGCUUAUUCAAAAAUGUUAACAAAUUUUGAUAAUUUACCUAGUACAGGUCCAUUAGUUUUAACUAAUGAAGAAUUAAAAUUAAUUAAACAAGAAGGUUAUCAAGUUCCAACAAAAUUACCAUUAAAUAAAACUGAAGAAAAAAUUUUAAAAAAAAUUCGACGAAAAAUUAAAAAUAAAAUUUCAGCACAAGAAAGUCGUCGAAAGAAAAAAGAAUAUGUUGAUGCACUUGAAAAACAAAUUACCAAAUAUGUUGAUGAAAAUAAUGCGCUCAAAGAACGCAUGGCAACUAUAGAAAAAGAUCAAAAAAAAUUAGCACAAGAACGAGAUUUACUUCGAUCAAUGAUUAACAAAGGAUUGCCUGGACCUAGUACAGCUUUAAUGGUUUUUGCAGUAUUUUUUGCCGUUGUUUUUGGUAUUUGGGCACCUGUAACAAAUAAAUCAUUAAACGAAGAUAGAUCAUUAUCAUUAGAAAAUGCACUCCUACCAUCAAGUAAUUAUCAAUCUGCAUUUACAUCAUCACGAAAAUCUUUACUUGAACAACAAGAAUCUACUCAUUCAAAUUAUGUUACUGAUAAUUAUAAAUCUCGUGUACUUCUUUCAAUUGAUGAACAUGAUAAUCAUCAUCAUCAUCAUGGACCAUAUUUACCAUCAAAAAAUAAAUAUCAAUCAACAUUUCAACAACAAACAGCUGCACCUGGUUAUACAUAUCCAAAUACAGUUGAAAAAUAUAUGAAUAAAAAACUUAAUUCUGAACAAUUCAUUGAAAAAAUACAUAAUGAUAAUUAUAAUUUAAAACGAUCAUUUAUUGAUGAAUCUUCAUCAAUGGUUCACGCACAAGAACCAACAUAUAAAAAAAUACGAUCAAAUUAUCAUGUCAAUGAAAAUUUUGUUGUUAUUGAAGAAACAAAUGGUGAAAAAGAUAAUGUUCUUAAUGAAAGUAAACCGGUAAAAAUUAUUCGUGUCGAACGUACCAUACCAGCGAUUGGAAAUGACACAUUAAAAUUAGCUCAGCAUAGAGUAAAUAAAUGA